CGAAAACAAUCAACAUCUAAAAGCAAUAACAAAAUAUUCAAAAACAAUUAACAGAAGAAGACAUGAAAGCAAAAACCUUUUUUCUAUAGCAGGCGAACACAACCAAAAACACAAAUCCUGAACAGAUAAUCAUAGCAAACAAAUUUGAAAAUAAUUACGAAAAUACAAAGGGUGUUAACUACGCCACAAUAAAUCCAAUUAAAAGUGAAAGCUGCUUUUAAAGCCGUCAUUGUUUUUAUACAUAUAUAUAUAUAUAUAUAUAUAUAUAUGAUGUGGAGCACGAUAUCGCCGACAAAUUCAAACAAGCUCUUAAUAGGCAGUACACGCAGCGUUGACUAUGUCGGUGAUAAUUCUACUAAGUCGACCAAGAUCUCAAUUGCAAUGGAAAUCCAUAUACAGAAUAAGUGCAUUUCAGCAUAGCGUAUCACUCUGGAGGGUGGUGCAGAGCCCCCAUGGCUACAGGGCCCCCUUAAAGCGGCAUUUUUGGGGGCUUCUGGCGUCGGAAAAACCAGUAUUUUACAGCAAUUCUUCUAUCAUGACUUUCCGAGAACACAUCAAACAACAACAAAACGUAAGGUGUAUAAAAGCUGUUUGGUAUGCGAUACUUGCAUACGGGAGCUGAUGGUUGUCGAUGUGCCACCGCAGAAACGGUUUCCUGAAGAUAAUUUUGCCGAAUGGAAUAACGGUCAUCCACUUGGACUGAGAACUGUCCAUGCCUACGUUUUAGUAUUCGAUAUGGGAAAUUUGGAAACAUUUCGGUAUUGCAGAUCGAUGAGAGAUCAAAUAUUGGAUAGUUUUAGUCAUCGUGAUUUUAGUUUAAUUGUAGUUGGCAAUAAAUUUGAUACAAUAACUGAAACACAAGCAAAUUCACAGGAGUUAAAAGAUAUUUCCACUUUAGUACGUAAACAUUGGCGCUGUGGUUAUGUAGAGUGCUCAGCGCAGUAUAACUAUAAAAUUGGUGAUGUAUUUCGUGAAUUAAUGGGUUGUACCAGUACUGGUGGUGUCAUUGGCACCGAAUUUUCACAAUCAAAUAGAAAUAAAGGACGUUGUACAAUACUUUAGCGAUUUCUGCAUAAGAUUUUUAAUACAUCAUCAUUAUCAGCAUUGUAACAUAGAUCUAUAGAUAUAUAUAUAUAGAGUAUAUAGAAUAAUAA